AUGGACGAUACGGCUACCACCUCUGCAAUCCUGGACAUUCUGUCCUCAAUAUGUCUUUCGCCAGGGUACUCCAAUGUCAAGAAGCACGUUUCGCCCUCCUCUUUACGCUCGCAUCUUCCGCACGUCUCGUCUCAGUCGACUCCAAAAUCUGUGAACAAAAGGAAAUUGUCAAACUCAUCGGACCCGCUCAUUUUUAACAAAUCGCCAAAGGUCAGCAGACGCACAACUACGGACCCGUUCAGCAAGAACACGCUCGAUGAGCGAAUCAAUUCAUUUAAUAUCCUCAACUGGUCCAUUGAGGACGACAAACUAAAUCCCCUCGAAUGCGCGGUGAACGGCUGGCACUGCCGCAAGCGAAAGAACGAGCUGCAUUGCAACUACUGCCAUGCGGUGCUGCUGAUUCGCUUGAACGAACACAAAGACAAAAACAACCUCGUUACGAAUUUUUUGUUUGUGGAAGACGACGAAGCAGAGGAGCAGUUUCUGAAGGUGCGUGAACAAUUGAUCAGCUCGUAUCUUCGUCGCCUGCGUACAGAUCACUAUCCGGGAUGUAUGUGGAGGAACUCCAACCUGGACAUAGGGCUAGUUAAAAAGCAAUACCAUCUCAAGAUCAGCGACAUGAAUGAAAUCCUGGAGCAAUAUCUGAGUAAUCUUGAUAACUUGAUAGAUCACCAGGAAAUCAUCAUGCUGAAAAGCUAUACUACAGACAUCCUUAAUAGGUCGCAAAUUGAGAUUUUGCAGGCGUACAAUUCGACAAACCUAAUACUAUCCAUGGUUGCUCUCUUUGGAUGGGAGCUGAAACAACAGAGAUUUGGGUCCAAAAAUUUGGCACUUCUCAAAUGUCAUAAAUGCACAAGGCGAAUACUGCUUGGAGAGUCUGGAAAUCUAGACCACACCGAGCCGCUCAAAUCUGUUAACUAUCCAGCCGAAAUCAGCAACGAAGACUCAGACAUCAACUUGCUUGCAGAACAUGAGGACUGGUGUUGCAUGGUGACCGAAUUCAAUAACCAAAAAGGAUAUGAAGUCGUGUUGACGAUCCUGCAAAGCGUGUCUUCGACUGAAGGCUACGAGGGCAUGGAGGUCGAGCAAGACCAUUCUUACACGUUUGACUCCACGAUGGCGCUUCUUCGUGAGUUCAGUUAA